AUGGCUGAAGGUCAAGCGUCAACACCCCAGCAGGGCCCGCCCUCUGCCCAAGCUCCCCUCCAGUCCCAGAAACUCUCGGAUACCAUUCGGGCCUUCCGCCCUAUGAAGGGUUUCAACACCACGAAAAAGGAAGUCGGGACUAAAUACGUGACAUCUCUGGAUUUUGACGACCAGGGCGAGCAUCUAGUCAGCGCGGGUGACGAUGAGGCCAUGCAUCUAUUUGAUAUCAAGGAAGGCAAGCAUAGCAAGACAGUUGCCAGCAAGAAGUAUGGUGUUCAUCUCGCGAGAUUUACCCACCACUCUCGCCAAGUCCUUCAUGCGAGUACCAAGGUUGACCACUCUCUGCGAUUGCUUGAUACACACAAUGAGGGAUAUAUUCGCUAUUUCACUGGGCAUACCGACAAUGUUACCUCCCUCAGCCUUUGCCCCGGCAGUGACGCUUUCAUAUCCUGCUCCAAAGAUGAUACUGUGGUGAUUUGGGACCUCAACUCACGGAAUCCUCAGGGCAAACUCAAACUUGCGACUCCGUACCUAUCUACCUUCGAUCCUUCGGCUUCAGUGAUCGCAAUUGCCUCUCAGUCAACGUCUUCAGUGCUUCUUUACGAUUUCCGUAACUUCGACAAAGCCCCCUUUGCCACCUUCGACCUUGCGCCCUUUGAAGAGGGAUUCACACCGUCGACUCGGGGACGAGCCUGGACUCGAUUGGAGUUUUCUAAUGAUGGAAAAUACCUGAUGCUCGGAACGGAUUACCAUGGCCACUAUAUCCUCGAUGCCUUUACCGGUGAGAUCAAGUCUUUCCUUGUUGGCAAGAGUGGGUCAUCCGGCCGUGCUGCACCAGUUUCCACGUCUGGAAAGCCCCUUGGACAAGGAGAUGCAUGCUUCACUCCUGACGGCCGAUACGUCGUUGGUUGCAAUGGCGAACAGGGCGAUCUGCUUGUGUGGGACAUGCAGCAGCAGGCCGAGGCAAAUGGAACACUGCAGCCGACUACUAAGCUGCAUUACCGACACAGGGCUAGCCUUGUUGAAUUCAACCCGCGAUACAACAUGCUUGCUUCAGCAGAUAAAGAAGUCGUUUUCUGGGCACCCGCCGAAGCGGAGAAGUAA